AAAACAGAGUACCACAAAACUCUACUCUCAAGAUUGUUUUAGUCUUCGACGGGAGUUGGUUUAGACAAUUAGUUCAAGUAGAACCUAAAUUAAUACCAAAAUCAAAAUGAGUUACCCAUGGGAAAAGCGUGUUGAAUUCAUCGUCGGUCACAUGUACGAUAUUGACAACAAUGGCUUCCUGGAUAACAACGACUUCCAAUGCAUGGCUCUGCGUGCCACCGUCGUGGAGGGCAAGGGCACCAUCAACCCAGCACGCCUGAACGAAUACCGGACCAUCAUGAAGGCGCUGUGGGAUGAGAUUUCUGCCCUUGCCGAUUUCGAUAAGGACGGUAAAAUCACAACCGACGAGUUCAAAGAUGCCGUGAAAUCUACCUGCGUUGGAAAGUCUUAUGCCGAUUUCCCCAAGGCCAUGAAGGCUUUCAUCGAUGCCCACUACCAGAUGAUGGACAUCAACAACGACGGUCUGGUCAGCAUAGAGGAGUACCGUUACAACUGCAUCUCCAGAUUCGCCCUGGACGACAUCAAGCAGGUCGAUGAAUCCUACAACCAGCUCGUCAGUGACGAAGACAACAAGCGCGGCGGAAUCACCCUGCAGAGAUACCAGGAACUGUACGCUCAGUUCAUGGGCAACCCAAGCGAUAAGUGUCCAGCCGUCUUCCUGUACGGCCCAAUCCCAGAAUAAGCCAUUCAAACCAACAUUCGAAGAUUCACCAUUUCAUCCCAAAGAACCACAAAGUACCAACACACCCGAACUGUGCGCUUCUGCUUGACGGAAAACCAAAUUCCAUCAAUGCUUAUUCGUUGGGCGAAGGCCGUAGAAGAACAUCAUCAACAACAACAGCAAUUGUGAUGCUAGAAGUGAGAAAGAGGAAAAGAUCUAAAUCAACUUCUCGAUCAAACAACAUCCUGAGUCGAAUACUAAAACAUCCCAAUCUGAUUUGAAUAAACAACAUCAAAGCAGAAAACCAAUGUUAAUAGUGUGAACAUUUAAUAAAACAAAAACAUCAAACUACCGAAUUCUAGCAAUCCCAAACCGAUUCAGAUAACAGCCCGAAUCACAAAAGCCUCUUUCCGCAGGCGGUAGUUGAACCGGUGACCGACAAAUCGCACCGCCCCACCCACCAGCUUGGGGCCGGUCCGAAUGAAAGCCACGUUCCAAUGAAAACAGCCAACCUGGAUCACCGGUUGCCAUGUAGCACUAAUCUGGAACUCCAACGCCCACUGUGGUGGGCGUUGUUUGAUUGGCGCGCGUACGCGAUCGCGAACAUCCAAGUGGGCGCGCGUUGGUCGGCUUUUUCCAACAGCUUUAAUUUUUUCGUUCAGUUUUUUCGUUUUUAAUUUUUGUUUUGGAACAGCUGGAACAGCAGAUUUGCUAGCGCAAAUCGUUUUAGCCAGUUCUUUACGAAAAUAAAUUCGAUAUUUUUGUUUGAAUUUGUACAUAAAAACCAAGUGAGAAUCAAUAUCAACCGUUUAACUAUAAAUCGUGAAACGUUCAAUUUGAGAAUGAUUUUUUUAUGGAACUAUACUAACUAUUAGCGUUUAAUGGACACAACAAUAUAUAAUGUUAAUGAUGUUUACUGAAACUACUUUUUUCUACUCUAAUUAUUAUUGUUCAUAUAUGUUACGGUGUUUAAAAUAUUAGCUUUAAUGUUUAAGAAAUAUUUCUCGCCUCCUUCUUUGAAAGUUUGAAAAUCUGUUAUAACAUCAACAGCAUGCACACCAACAUCGUGCGAAAUUGAGGUUAUGUCAUAAUGUUCGUUUGUAAUAAUACCAUCAAGAUCAAGGAAAUAACAUCAAGCAAAUAACAAAUUUAAGAAGGUUUGUUAGUUUAUAAUUAUUUAACUACUAGUAAUUAACUGCUAAGUGAAUGAAAAGACAGAAAAUGUUUAAAAAAUAGCUAGGUUAUGUAUUUUUAAUGUUACUCAGCGUAGGAAUCUAUCUUCGAAAACUAAGAAGAAACAACUGUUAUCACUUACUUUAUCGUACUAUUGUAAUUUUAUGAAACUGGAAACUGAACUAGAACUUGCAGCAAAAGCAGUGAUUAUUUCCUGACAAAUGAAAGCUACAACCAAUGUGUAGACAACAUCUUCGGUAAUGUCAACUUUGCUACUCUUUCUUAUCUAGAAAUGACAACUCACUAGAGACAAGACGAAAACUAGUUUGACUAAAUAACAUCACACUUUAACUAUAAAUAAACAAAUAUAGUUGCGAGGUAGUUUGUCCCAUUAGUUAUCCUUUAAUUGCGUGUGUCGUAGUGAUCCCUAUUAAGAACAACAACAAAAAUAACAAACAAUAACAUCUUCAAAUGGAAACAACAACAGCUGAAAUCUUUUAAACUUUACAGAGAACUCAUAUUAAGAUUUUGAAUUUUACUUUUUGUUUAAAUAAUCACUGUUUUUCCUUCACCUGAAAAACCAGACUUAUCCCCAUAACUUAUUGUAAAGAGAAACUUUGCUUAAUUGUAUGAUAAAAACUCGUCAGAAUAAUUAAUAAUAACUUAGAACCACGGAAAAUAGCAUGAAUUAUUUAUUAUCCAAGUUCAUUUUUAAGGACGAAAUGGUAUACAUUUUAGAGAACUCCACCACCUAACAGUGUGUAUAUGUUUUAUUCUUAAAAGUGUGCGGUCGUGUGUCCGACCCAACACCUCCGGACCCGGCCAAUGGUGCGAAAAAAAAUGUCUUAAUAAAUAAUUUGUCUUAUUUAUACAUUCGUAUUAAACAACAUCUUUUUAUACACAGCAUCUAAAGGAAAAGAUCCCAAUUCGCUUGAAUAUUAUCACCAUUUAUGUUUUAAUGUAUCACAAUUAUUUUCGUUUUCCCAAAUCCUUUUAUAACGUUACACAAGCAAAAACAGAAAAAAACAACAAUAAGAUAGCAAACCAAAAACAAAUUGGAGAAAAUAUGAGACCACCUUAAGAAACGAAAAGCA